AUGGAGGCGGCCCUGAAGAGGUAUUUGUCGUGUGACACCAUCACGGUGGAGUCCAUCGUGGUGGAACCGGCGAACAAGGCUGGAGCCGGCUACGGCAGCCAGAUGUCCAGGGUGAGGGUCGCCUUCAGGAAGGGUGAAGGAGAGGCGGCUCAGCAGCUGCCUUUGAUCGUGAAGGCCACACUUAGCGCGGCGGCGUGGGAGCAUAUGGGGCAGUGGUACGUGUUCAAGACGGAGGCGCUGGUGCUGGCCGAGGUGAUGCCCACAGCGCACGAGGCUCUGAAACGGGUGGAAGGCGCGUCUUUCCGGCCACUGACGGCCAUGUGCCUGCACCACGGCGCCACACCCAGGGCCUUCCUCGUGCUGGACGACCUCGUAGCUGCCGGCUAUCGAUUGGCGGACUCCGAUCGACCUCUCGACUACCAGCACUGCGAGGUGGUGAUGCGAGCGUACGCGCGCCUCCACGCCGGCACUGCCCACGCGCUCAGCAAGCGCCCCGACUACGGCGUCCAACUCGAUAUGGAUUACUUCACCGCCGACAACGCGGAGUUUAUGCUGCGGUCGAUUACGCAGUGUAUGUUUUCUGCUCUCGCCGAUUUCGUGACGAGAGUUCCCAACUAUGAACACUACGCCGCCAAGUAUUUGGGACUCGCAGAUACCUUGUUGCCACUAAUGAGAAAGGCAUUGAAGAAGAAAGUUCAAGAUACUAAACUCAAGGUGCUGGUUCAUGGUGACUGCUGGAAGAACAACAUGAUGUUCAAGUACUCAUCAGGGGAGGUUGUUGAUGUACGCUUCGUAGAUUUUCAGCUAACGCACGUGUCCAGCCCUGCACGCGACCUGGUGUACUUCCUGUACGCGAACGCUGUCGUGGAUGUGCACGAGCGCCUGCCUUCACUGCUGGAGACCUACCACUCACAGCUGCAGGCGUCGCUGCGUGCUCUGGGAAUGGCAGCUGCGGCGGACGCCUACCCGCUGGACGAACUGCUCAAGGACAUGGAGGACCUGAACUACUUCGCCCUGUACAACUCCUCCUGCAGUGGUUUCACACUCUCCUCACAUCGCGUCGGGGACAAGUUCUCGCAAGCUAUGCGGGACCUUAAUUUUCAGCCAGACGCAUUCUACGGCAUGUAUGACAACGAGUACUCCGGGCCCUACGUGCAGUACAUCAUACGUCGCUUCGAGAGUAAGGGGCUCCUGUGA